AAAAGUACAGUACCCCCUCAAGUCGAGUUGAAGCAUUGAAAGAGAUGGAGACUCUGAAAGCUGCAAUCCCGGAGAGCCUGAAACGAAUGAUUGGAGAGAGCACUGCAGAUGAUCUUCCGACCACAUGUUCUUCUCUUCAUCAUUUUUUUCUUCAUUUUGAGCCCUUUCACCAAAUGGUGAGUGACUUAGCAGACCCAAAAAAUGCUUUAUGUGGCAAGAGUGAGGCCGCUGCUUCGGAGUCCAAGCAGCUUGGCAACCAUUACUUCUUGAGGGGAGAUUAUAUAAAGGCUUUGAAUUGCUAUACGAAGGCAUUGCGUAUGGCUCCUUUGGAGGCUUUUGACCUGGAGAAGAAUUUGGUUGCUGUAUUAUAUAUUAAUCGAGCUACUGCGUUGCAUAAAUUGAAUCUUUUAAGUGAGUGUUUGCGAGACUGCGCUCGAGCUCUUCAGAUAUGUCCAAGCUAUGCAAAGGCAUGGUACAGGAGGGGUAAGGCGAAUGUUUCAUCGGGAAAUUAUGAAGAUGCAAUCUGUGAUCUAAAUGUGGCUAAGAGCAUGGAAUCAUCAUUGAGUGGGAAGAAACAAAUAGAAAGUGAACUUAACAGUAUAUUACACGAAUGCGAGGGGACAAGUUCAGUAGUUCAGAAUGAGAGGAAUGGCUUGGAUACAGUAGAUGAGAUGCCUCAAAUAAAGCUACAGUUAGUCUCCACGCCUGAUAAAGGACGGGGUAUGAUUUCACCAUGUGACUUAUCUCCAGCUUCGUUAGUUCAUCGUGAAGAACCUUAUGCCAUGAUAAUAUUAAAGCAAUGCCGAGAAACACAUUGCCAUUACUGCUUGAAUGACCUGCCUACUGAUGCCGUUCCUUGUAGAUCUUGUUCAAUACCACUAUAUUGCUCCCAGCAAUGCCAGAUACAAGCUGGUGGACAGGUGUUCAAGAGUAAUCCUGAAGACCAUGGCAUUCUUAAAGGUCUACCCAGUGAUCUUGGGACAUAUGCUGCUAGAAUUAUAUUAGAAAAUGAUUCUAAACAUGAGAUUGAGGAUAUUCCUGAGCAUAAACAUGAAUGCCAAGGCGUACAUUGGUCUACAGUUUUACCAUCUGAGAUUGUUUUAGCAGGCCGAGUACUAGCAAAGUUUUUCCAGAAGAGUGAUUACGAAGAUAUUGCAUACUUUGUGAAGAGCCUGGAACUUUUUCAUUGCUAUGUACAACUUCCAUCUGAUAGCAAAUUGGAUUCACAUAUAUAUGCCAUUGUAUUGCUAUACUGUCUGCUACACUCUUGUGGUGCUAGGUUUUCCAUGGAUGGGGUCACUAUGUCGCAGGUUGUCUUAAUUUUUUCUCAAAUCAAAGUGAAUUGCAUGACUGUUGUUCGUAUAAGAUCUAUAGAUGCUCAUGGGCUACAAGAUCAGUUCCGAGAAUCUCUAGCCAGUGAAUGCUUAACGAGUAAUGUGGAACAGGUCAGAGUGGGUAAAGCUAUUUACAAAGGUGGCAGCUUGUUCAACCAUUCUUGCCAACCAAAUGUUCAUGCUUAUUUCCUUUCACGUGCUUUGUGUAUACGAACAACAGAAGUUGUAGCAGCUGGGUGUCAGCUGGAAUUAUCCUAUGGUCCGCAGGUUGGGUUAUGGGAUAGUAAAGAUCGCCAAGCCUUUCUGAAAGAUGAGUACUCAUUUCAAUGUCGUUGCAGGGCUUGCUCAGAAUUCAAUCUGUCUGACAUUGUCUUUGGUGCUUUUCACUGUGUCAGUCCAAGUUGUUCUGGUGCGGUCUUGGACAGCAGAGUAGUUAACUGGGAAAGGCAGAAAAUUAAGUCCUUCCCUGGUGCUGUCAAAGUUGACAAGAAUGAUGACAUUUAUAAAAUCUGUCUCCGUUUAUUCAACCAAAAUGAUGGCUACGCUCAUAUUCAGCCUGGGUACUGUUUGAGAUGUGGUUCUUACCGUGAUUUUGAGUCUUUGUACACUGCAGUUGAUAAAGCUUGGAUAUGCAUCAAAAGAUUGCAGGAUGCAGUAAGUUCAAAGGAAAUUUCGAAUCCUACUAUCUCAGAUGCAUUAAAAUCUCUUCAUCUUCUGAAGUCAUAUUUGCAUUCCUACAACAAACAUAUUGCAGAGGCAGAGGACAGCCUUGCUCAGGCCUUUUGUAUGGUGGGAGAAUUAGAAUUAGCUAUGGACCAUUGUAAAGCAUCUUUGCUGAUUCUGCAAAAGCUAUAUGAUCCGGAUGAUAUUGUCAUUGCCUUCGAGCUUGUGAAGCUUUGUUCCAUUCAAAUUUCCAUGGGUGAUAAAACCGCGCUGGAAAGCAUAAAUCGAAUAUGUGGUAUCUUCUCACGUUAUUAUGGACUUCAUGCACAGUCGUUAUUCCCAUAUCUUCAGUACCUUAGAAAGAGACUGGGAAUUUGUGAGUGAGGGCCUGAAAGGACCCGAGGAAAGCUUUUCUGGCAAAGCAAGCGCUAAGUUGUGAGAUUUGUAUGCAGCAACUUCAUCAGUGAAAGAAUUCAGCAGCAAUAACUUCAAAAUAACCUGUUCCUGUAAGUUACUAAUUUAAAAGAAUAACUAUUUGACGAACCACUACCUUGGUUCAUUGAGAAGUUGAUUUAAUAUGCUAUUAUUUUCAUAAAACUGCGAACCUUUCUGGUGUGUGGUGCUUCCUUCCUAUGCUUGGAUUCGCGUUGGAACUUCCAAAACCAGCGUGAAACCAAACAGAUCAAAGAUAUGAAGAUUCCGUAUGCGAAUGUUCGGAAAGAGGAGACGUCAUAUUCAGAGCACCAUUCUGGUUGCCGCUAUUCUUCAGCUUGAGCAGUUUCAGCGGGGGUAGAGUCUACGAUGCAACUUUGCUGUGUGUUUAUGGUGGUUUCGCCAGAUAUUAUCUAAAUUCAAUUCAAGGGUAAACAUGCCCCUUCAGUCUUGAGUAGGAUGGUUCUGGAUAGUUCUUUGCCGAUCGAAACUCCAACUCACCAAUCGAUCCCAGAAACCAACUCUACUUUUGAGCUAAAUUGAACAAAAUCAGUCCUUAAAAUCACGCCAUGGGUAGAUUUUGUGUAUCGAAGAGAAUAGAUUAGAUUUGCAUUUUCUUU